GUCCUUCCGGGAGGGAGCGCCGCCCCGGGCGGGCUGAGGCCGGCGGCAGCGCUGCGAUGUCGGAGCUGCCCCGCAGCCCGCCGGGCUCCCUGCCCCUCAGCCGCCUGGCGGAGCCGCUGCUGAGGAGGCUGAGCGAGCUGCUGGACCGCGCGGCGCCCGGCAAGGGAUGGAGGGAGCUGGCACAGCGUGCGGGGAGCCGCGGCCGGGUCCGGCUGAGCCCCCUGGAUUUAGAACAAUGUUCCCUCAAAGUGCUGGAGCCAGAAGGAAGCCCAAGCUGGAGCCUCUUGAAGCUGCUAGGUGACAGGGGCUGCACAGUAGUGGAGCUGGUGGAGUUCUUGCAGUCCAUGGAGCACACAGAGGCUCUCCAGUGUCUCAGCUAUUCAGGCAUAAAGAUUGUUGUACAGCCAGACUCUCAAGCAGUGCUCUGUGGCCAGGUUGUCAAGCUGUGCUGUUGGGCGACAGGACACCCAUUUGUACAUUACCAGUGGUUCAAACAGAAAAAAGAGGUUCCCCAUGGUAAUUCUCCAGAACUGGUUUUGAAUCCAGUGAAAGUGAAUGAUGCUGGGUUUUACAUCUGUCGAGUGAACAGUGAAUCUUCAUUUACAUUCAGUCGAUGGGCACGACUGGAAGUUUGUGAUCUCCAGGGUACAGCUCAUGGGAGCUUAAUUGGUUUGCCUGAAAAGAAACUGUGCAUUUGUAUUCAACCUCAGCCACAAAACCUGACUGUGGGAGAUGCUUUGGUAUUAGAAUGUGGAGCUGUUGGAAACCCAAUUCCUCAAUACCAGUGGUACAGAAAUGGAUUUCCCUUGGCAAAUGGAAGCAAAAAUGUCUACACAGUAUCUUGUGUGGACGUGGAACAUGGGGGAACAUACUGGUGUCACGUGUUCAAUGACCAGGAAGACCAAGACAGCAAGAAAAUAGAGGUCAUUAUAGGAAGGAAAGCUAUGGCAGUGGAGUGCACAGAAGAAGAGCUAAGUGAUCUUCAAAAAACAGCAGACCUACAAGAACAAUUCAGUGACAGACCUUUUGCAACAGACAAGGUAGCUCUGCUAAUAGGAAAUAUGAGCUACUGGAAUCACCCCCAGCUCAAGGCCCCAAUGGUGGAUGUCUAUGAACUGACCAAUUUGCUAAGACAGUUGGAUUUUAAAGUUGUUUCUUUGCUGGAUCUUACUGAGUCUGAGAUGCGAAAUGCAGUGGAUGAAUUUUUACUUCUACUAGACAGAGGAGUAUAUGGUUUGCUGUACUAUGCUGGCCAUGGCUAUGAAAACUAUGGAAACAGUUUCAUGGUUCCUAUUGAUGCUCCAAAUCCCUACCGAUCUGCAAACUGUCUGUGCGUACAGAACAUCCUCAAACUAAUGCAGGAAAAAGAGACGGGACUCAACGUGUUCCUGUUGGAUAUGUGUCGGAAAAGAAAUGAAUACGAUGAUACAGUUCUCAUCUUAGAUGCUCUGAAGGUCACUGCCAACAUCGUUUUUGGAUAUGCCACGUGCCAAGGAGCAGAAGCUUUUGAAAUUCAGCAGUUGGGUUUGGCCAAUGGAAUUUUCAUGAAGUUCUUGAAGGAGCGUCUGCUGGAAGACAAGAAGAUUACAGUGCUGCUUGAUGAGGUUGCUGAAGAUAUGGGCAAGUGUCACCUCACCAAAGGCAAGCAAGCUUUGGAGAUCCGCAGCAGUUUGUCUGAGAAAAGGGCGUUAUCUGAUCCCAUUCAGCAAACAGUAUCUUCUGCAGAGUCCAUGGCGAGGAACCUGCAGUGGGCCAAAGCUCAUGAGCUUCCAGAAAGCAUGUAUCUUGAAUUCACAUGCGGCGUUCAGAUUCAACUGGGGUUUGCAGCAGAGUUUUCCAAUGUCAUGAUAAUCUACACACGGAUAGUAAAGAAGCCACCUGAGAUAGUUGUUUGCAGAGCCUAUGUUACAGACUUCCCACUUGACCUGGAUGUGGACCCUAAAGAAGCCAAUAAAGGAACUCCUGAGGAAACUGGAAGCUAUUUAGUUUCAAAGGACCUUCCCAAACACUGCCUCUACACCAGGCUGAGUUCUCUGCAAAAGCUGAAGGAACACUUGAUCUUCACUGUUUGCUUGCACUAUGAGUAUCCAGGAAUAGAAGAUACAAUGGAUGAAAGAAAAGAAGUUAAUGUCGGGAAGCCCCUUAUUGCUAAAUUAGGCCUCCAUCACGGAUUCAGAAAUAACUGUCUCCAGACCUGUUGUGUGGCUAAUAAUCUUUUUCAUAGUCAAGUAGAAUCAAGUCCUGUGGUAACUAAAUACUACUUCCCUAGUCGAUGCCAACCAAAUUCCUGCCCAGGGGCUUACCAUCCAAACUGUACUUGCCCAGGCAGUGCUAGACAACUAGAGGCGUGUUCUUGCAAUGGGACUUCAAGAAUGUUAGCUUCGAGACACGAAGUACAGAAUUACUCAGCCCCUGCAGAAAAGAGUAACGUACCAAUAGAGACCACUGAUGAUACCGUUGAACUGGAAUUCCUCCUGUCUGACAGCCUCAGGUUGUCUAAGCAGCAGUAGCUGUGGUGUCUUCAACAAAGAUGCUCUUUUUCCGUUCUGAACAGGAGAUCCUCCACACUGCUUACUCAGAUUCUGGAUUUUGGAGAUUUGGGGAUAAAAGGACUGGGGAGUGCAGAGUUGGUACUGGGAACAAGGCUGUGACUUGGGCUGGUUCAUAUUGCUCUCAGGGAAAAUUGUCCGGAUCCAAGGAGGCAAAACUGGACUGAUAGAUUUAGAAAUGAAAAAGACAUAUAUAAAUGUAUUUUUUCCUACCAUUAAAGGUUUGAAACAUGAGGAGAAAACAAAACCAGACUCCUCAGAUUCCUAUUCCAUGAUCCAGCAGUCAAGAAAGUAAAGAACACAUGCAAGCAUGGGUCUGUGGGAGGAAGCUUCCUAUCUGUGUUAGAGAGUGCAAAGAGGCCGGGUUCUGGUGCCAGCGUUUCUCUUGAAGGUGAAGCCUUGGAUCUUCCCAGCUGCUGCUUCUCCAGUACCUACUGGAAUUGUAAGGUUUACUGUAAGUGAGUGCUUUGUACUUAAAUACUCAGCUUUUAGAGGGGAAAUGCUUGUUCUGUACAAACAAACGUGCCUAGCCAUCAGAGGACAAAAAUGUCAGCAGACUUGAGCAGGAAAAUGAAUUUCCAUUUUCUCUGUGAUUUUAAAAGAAAUCAUUAGCCCCAAAAUGAUAAAUAAUACCUUUCCCUUCAGUCUCAGUUUUUCAGUAUCCGGAGGCUUCUUUUUACAUACUGCAUUAGCACGGGGUCUGGUGUUUUAGCGUGUUAGAACAACCUUCCUGUUGGGUGUAUAAGAUGACACAGAGUAAACAAAGGCAGGGCUUUUCCAGAAGUGGAAGUGUGGUGGUUGGAUACUCUGGUGUUAAGAACUGUCUCCUCAAGCGAAGUAUUGCUUAAGUAAAAUGUGCUGAGAUACAAAGAAUGAAUGGGUGAGACAACCGAGAGCUUUGGGGUUCUUCAGGCUGAAGUUACAGGGCUGGUGUACCUGGGCAGAAGCCAUUGCUUUCUUGUGGUGAUUGAAACAAGCAAGCAAAACCCAAACAGCCUACUCAGUUGUUUUCCAAGCCAAAAGAAUUCACGUUCUUUCAUGUUGAGAGGAUAAAGAAGUCUAACCAAAGAACCCAAGAUGGUGAUUCCAGCAUGCCCAAGUGCAACAAAUAGAGCUCAUUCACAAUCUGUGCAAGCCAUGGGAUGCUGGCUUUGUGGCAGGGCUGGAGCUGUUGUAUAUUGCCCUGUAGCUUUGGUAAUACUGUUAAAUGGUAUUGUUUUAAUUAAAAUUCCCAUCAUAGAAUCAGAGAAUCACAGGUACCCCCAAUAAGUUGAGUAUUCUCAGCGAUGUAAUGGACGAAGCAAUUCGGAUCCUCAGUAGAGCACGGAGCCUUCCAUGGGAUCCAGGUGUGCUGGCUGGGUGCUCUGUGUGCUGCCAGCAAAGCCAGCUGAGUGUGAGCAGCGCUGCUGGCCAGCUCUGCUCAUCUCAUCUGUGCUGCAUGGCGUGUGUGUGUACGUGGGAGCUAAUGUAGUCAUCUAUCUCCACAUUGACAGCUGUACUUGAACUGAUCUGUGUAUGAGUUUCUGAUUUCUCCUUUGGAGAACAGUGAGGUAUUUAUUGAUGACUGAGAUGCACUGUGCAUUAAUUAUCCUAUGCAAUAUGCAGCUGGCCUAUAAAUUAACAUUACAGCUUGAUGAAUGUCCCGGCACUGUAAUAUGACCUGGUACUUUGUCACCGUGUUCUGCUUUGUAUGAGAACUUUGUUUCUUACUCCUCAAAUAAACUGUUGCCCACAGGGUA